GCCGCCAACACCGACCGUCUUUUUACGCGGUAAAAUGAAAUGAGCUUUUAUGUGGACCAUAUUCUUUCAUUGUUCUUGCAUGAGACAAUUGACAAAUAGUAUUUAGGUGUAGCUAACUUUUUGAGAUUACGUUUUAGGAAUAAUCUUGUUAUGAAGCGAAGACUAAGCUAACGUUAGCCGCUAAAGUAUCAGCAUAACAGGAUCGUGUGGAGGUAGACUUGGUUUUUUUUAUCCGAAACCAUGGCAGUGUCUACUGCAGAAAGCUUAAAGGCAGAACUGGAGGUGUUUGGUUUUCCCUGCGAGGAUGAAGUCAUCGAUAAAAUGGUUGAACAGUGCAUCUGUCUCAGGUUACAAGCAACUGAGAUGGCAAAUGAGUGGGUGGCCUACACUUCCACAAAAAACAUUCAGCAACUCACCUUGGACACCUGGGAGCAAUUUGAACACGAGAUCUUACACAAGAAGAACAAAUCUAAACCAAACUUCAGAAAAGAAGAUUCUUAUAACAGACCCAUGGACUUUCAGUCAUUACAAGAAAUAAUAAAAGAAGAAGAAUUUGAGGAGGAUCUUUUAGACUCUUAUUCUACCCCUGGAAAGGGCUCUCAGAAACGAGCACUGACCACUCCAGAACAUCCUCGGUCUAAACGGAGUGCAGCUCUGCUGGCCAGCCCCACCCUGCUGCUGUCUCCAGCCAGCUUCUCCCCCAGUUCUACGCCCUCACCAAAGUACAGCCAGCGAGGAGGGAAAGGGGAAGUGGUGGUGACGUUCGGGGCCGUUCAGGGGACCCGUUGGGUGGGCAGGAAGGAUCCCGGUGCAGGCGUCCAGGUGGAGCUUCUGGAAAGACCUGAAGAUUGCCUUAGCUGCAGCUACAAAUUCAUGUUCCAGAGACUCAGGGAUGUUCGAAAUGUGUUGACGGAGAAGAUUGAGGAUUUGGGACAAAACCUGAAGUCUCACUUCAACAUUGAAGAGUUCUCUUGUGUCUCUCUGCCUGCUCAGGACAGUGUAACUGUGUUGGGUCAGAUUUGCUGUGACAGUAACGGCAAACUGAACGCACAGUCGGUCCUCCUGGAAGCUGGAAUAGAACAGGGUGGUCAGCACGUUCCUGUUGACCUGUCUGAGCUUACAGAGUAUUCUCUCUUCCCUGGUCAGGUGGUGGUGAUGGAAGGGAUGAACGCUACAGGAAGAAAACUUGUGGCUUCUAAACUUUAUGAGGGAGUUCCUCUUCCUUUUUACACCUCAAAUGUAAAACUGGAGCCUGACGAAGAGCCACUGAGUGUACUUGUGGCCUGUGGACCGUACACGCCCUCUGACAGCCUGAACUUUGACCCUCUGCUGGACCUGAUCGCUGUGAUUGUCAGGGAUCGACCUGAUGUCUGCUUGCUGUUGGGCCCAUUUGUGGAUUCGAAACAUGAGAAAAUUGAGAAAGCUCAGGUGAAAGAAACGUUUGAAAGCAUUUUCUCAAGAUGUAUUAAAAGCAUCGUGGAUGGCACCAAAAAUGUUGGUUGCCACCUGGUGUUUGUGCCCUCCCAGAGAGACAUCCACCACCAUUUCAUCUACCCUCAGCCGCCCUUCACCCUGCCUAACCUCGGCAAAGACCAGAUCCAGCGUGUCACCCUGGUUCCUGACCCCUGCUCCCUGCUGAUCGAUGGCGUGACCUUCGGCUUGACGUCCACUGACAUCCUGUUCCACAUGAGCGCCGAGGAGAUCAGCAGCGGCGCCAGCUCGGACAGAUUCACACGCAUCCUGAAGCACAUGCUGACCCAGAGGAGUUACUACCCUCUGUACCCGCCCGUGGAGGAGGUGAACAUGGAUUACGAGAAGUUCCAGGCCUUUGGGCAGAUGCCGCUCACUCCUGACGUUCUUAUCGUUCCUUCUGAACUGCGGUACUUUGUAAAGGACGUGGUCGGCUGUGUGUGUGUAAAUCCUGGGCGGCUGACCAAAGGUCAGGUGGGAGGGACGUACAGCCGGCUGCUCAUCAGACGCGGCGCCGCCUCAGAGGGUGGACAGAGAGCGAGUCCUUGUUUGGCUGCUCAGGUGGUGAAAGUCUGA